GCCAAGAGUGAGCAGGACGAGAAAGAGGAGAAGAUGAAAAAUUGAAUUGUCUUCCUCCUGGAUGAUCUUUUAACUUAUGAGCCUGACAGGAAUAUCACUGAAAAGGGAACAUCUUUUCAUUUAAGGCAAAAAAAAAGCACUUUUUGUCCUGUGCUGGGAUGACUAUUGAACACAAUUUUGUCUUCAACAUCCAGGAGAAAAGAAGAAUAAAGACAAAGAUAUAAAGGAAGCUAAAGGAAGAAAAACAUUUUUGUUUGUGGUUUCUCAAAGAAGAAAAAGACACUAAAAACUAUCCAAAUAUCUUGUAUGAAAUAUAUCUGAAUCAAUUUUUACACCUAUAGAUGGGAAAAAGGAAAGUUGAAGACAAAAAGGAGAUUUCAAAGGCUCAAAAGGGAUGCAGGAAUCCCACUUUGGAAAACAGCAAAAGUAAGGAACUUGUAUUCGGAGAAAAAUUAGUCACACUGAGGAUCUAGUAACCAAGGUGAAAUCCCAAGGAACCAGUUUUAAAAUGGAUGAGUAAAAACACAAAAUGAUUAUUUAAAGGGAAAAGGAGAGGGAAUAACAAAGUUAAAGUGAGAAAGGGGUGACAAAAGAGGAGAGCAACAAUAGAAAGUGAUCUGAAAAAAGACAACAUAAGAAAUCAAGAACCAGAAGAAGCUGACUGGGAAAAUGAAACAUCCUCUUCUCAUCUUCAUCCUCCACUUGGCAGCAGUGGCGUUGAUGGCAAAAGGCGUGCCCCAGCUGCAGCUGGAGCGCUGGGUGCGCUCGGGCCUGCAGUCCCUGCAGUGGGACCAGCUGGACCGCUGCCUCCGCUCCGCCUCUCACGCCGAGACCGAGUGCCGGCGUCUCGCACACCUGCCUCCCUCCACUGUGGCGGUCUAUGCCUCUGAACUGCACACUGCCACUGCAGGUGCCUCUGACAAAGUUGUGGCCAUCCUCCCGGACUCUUACUCCUCCAAUGGGAUGAUCAGCUCCAAAUUCCGGGGUGCUUUCAGCAUCAACCCAAUGGUGAACGGGAGGGAGAGCCGCCACAGGUACCAACCGCCUUUACCUGCCUCCAUGACCCACGACGCGGUGCUGGUGCUGGACCCGAGUCCAGGCGAGAACUUUGGACACCCGGUUGGCCUUUUCUACGUGGACCUCAAUGUGACAAAGAAGAGAUGCUCCCACCUGGAUGGCAUUUACCUGGGAGAGGAGUGCUUGACUCAGGCCUUGAAAGGUCGCUGUCAGAACCAGCUGAAGCGUCAGCAGGCCGGGCCUGAGAGGCUUAUGGGUCAUGGGCACAGCUGGCUGCUGGGCGGAGCUCCACGCGGGGGUACUAUUAGCAGUCCGGUCAGUGGACGACUCUGUGAGGUCCACUUUCUCCCAUUGGUAGUCGGAGUUGGAGAUGGCAACCGGACCCAGAGGCUCAGAUGUGUAGAUCAUGCAGAAUUUUCCAGGUGCCCUCAAUCGGUACCAAUGGGGUCCCCCAGUUUGCCCAUCUCCAGCUGUGAGCUGAACAAAAACACCAGACGUUGUCACCAGCAGCCAUUGGCCACUCACCUCUCCUGCCGCCUUUACCAGACAUGCGACCAUGCUGUGCUUAUCUCUGGGGGCUGGCGGGAACAGAUGACAUUCCAGCGACAUUUGCAGAAUCUUCAGAGGUUUUACAGAAUGCUCCGGAUCAACGGUUUCCACAAAGACCAUAUCAAGACCUUCUUUGCCAGCAGUGGUCACAUUCCAGAAGACCUGGAGGGUGCCCACCCAGCCACGGAGAAGGCGGUGAUCCGUAACCAUGUGUCAUAUGUCUGUAGGAAACAGCACUGCGCCGACUCACUGGUGCUUUACCUGAACUCGCCCACGCGCAACGACGGCACCAUGCUACUGUGGGACGCCAACCUCAAUGGCAUUGGUGAUCUGAAGGAGCGCUACUCAGUCAGCGAGCUGUUGACCGAUCUGGCCGGCUGCAGGGCAACUCGUGUUUUGUUGUUCGUGGAUCAGAGCUACAGCGGCGUUCUGUUCAAAAGGCUGCGAGGCUCCCAGAAACAUCUCAAUGUAGUUCUGAUCCAGAGCCAGAAAAUGCAGACGCAAAACUACCAGAGCCAGAGGGUGAGUCCAGGCUGGGAGGACGGCAGCUGGGCUCACAUCGGACCGUCAACCUGCUUGCUGGACCACCUGGAGAAGAGUGCGGGUGCUUCCCACCUGCUGGACCAGUGGGCCGGCCUCUUAAACAUCACCAUGGCAGGAGCUCCAUGCAACGCCACACCACCACUGACAGACAGCGAGAUGCGGCGAUGGUACCAGGGAUGCCAGAACCUGCCGACCGCACUCUGGCACAGGAAGUACCGAAGAAUCAACUAAAAAAGGGACAGAUUCCCUAAGAGACUGACCGGAAACAGAAAGAAAUAGUGGGCAAGACCUCACGUGCACAGAAAUGACAUGUUAGCGUUUAUCACAGGCAUGUGUAGUUGGACAGUAGAUGCAAUGCGUGUGGGUUUAGUGUGUGUUAGUUUGUGUGUGUGUGUUUGUAUGUGUUUUCUGCCCUAACGCUGAACUCAGACUGUAACCAUGGCGAUGACAGCUCAUCCCAAGGGGGUGUCCUGAACCUGAACGCCAUUUGUGUUGAUAUGUAUGUGUGUGGAGGUUCAGCAAAAGGACAGCCACUUGGGUCAGUAUGUGCGUGUGUGUGUGUGUGUGUGUGUGUGUGUGUGUGUGUGUGCGCGUGCAUGUCUUUAACAUUUCACAACCGAUCACUUGUCUCCUUUUUUUGUCCACAGAAUUUUUUUUCUUUGCUUCCUCUUUUUGUCCAUCAUUCACCACUCACUCACACCUACUCACCUUUUUUUCUCUCUCUAAUAUGACCUCAUAUACUUACCCUUUUGUCCAGCGCUCCCUUUAUUCUAUUGCUCUUCCGGCUGUACUUUGACUCUGUUCUCAACUUGAUUGGCUGCACACUAUUGUUAUCAUUUUGCAAAGAAGUUGAGAUUUUAACCCACAACAUUUUUACAUUCACUAUUUGAACCGUAUUUCCACAAAUAGUGGCUGGAGAUUUUGAGGCAGAUGUUGGGUGUCCUUUAUUUGUAAAUAAAUAAAUAAAAAGGUGGUUUGGGAAAUACAGGGAGUGCUGUUCAUACGACACCGAACUAACUCGAGUCAGAUCACACAAAGUCUCUACAACUAACCUAGUGUAUAUGCGCAUGAAUAGUUACAGAAAAUAUUUGUAUGGAAAGCGCAUGCCAAAAAUAAAAAAAAUUAUCAAAUGAAAAACAGUUAGAAAACCAGAACAAUCCCAUACCUUUACUCCUAUGGUUGGAUUGUGCACUAGUUCAUAUUGAACAAAAUGACCAGUAUUUAACAAUUAAUGUUAGGAGGAAUAACAAGCAGCACGGUGGUAAAGUGGUGAGCAAGUCUGCCUCAGAGUCGAGGGUUCAACUAUUGGCCUGUGGGUUUUUUCCAGUUAUUCCGGCUUCCUCCCACAUUCCAGAAACAUGCAUGUUAGGUUAAUUGAAGACUCUAGAUCAUAUAUGUCAAACUCAGGCCCAGGGGUCAAAUUUGGCCCAUGAUGUAAUUAUAUUGGGCCCGCAAGACCAUAUCAAAUGUGUAUUAGAGCUGGCCUGCCACUAUAUAGCACAGCGCCACUAAUAUUACAAAUUCCAGAAUGCUUUGCUAGUGUGUUGGCCCAUCAGUCUAGCACCUUCCCUUUCUGUUGCAGUCGUUAGCAACUAUGCUACCAGUCUCCUGGAGCAAAUUUACACUUCCCCUACCCAAAAAUGGCCAAACGAAAGAUGGAAAACGGUUAACUUCCAAGUGGGAGGCUGAUUAUCUGUUCACUAAAGUAAAAGACAGACCUGUUUGUCAUGUGUGGAGCAACAUGGCUGUAACAAAGAAUAUAACAUAAUUGAAUUGUUGUUGUUUUUUUAAUGCCCUUUAUCAACUCCUAAGCAGGGACUGUUAAUAGUUUGAAGUUUGGAUUUUUAUUGAACGACAUUCAUAUUUUUUUUGGGUUGUUUUGUUGUUGACCUUUUUUCAUUUUGGCCCACCGUGAAUUUGAGUUUGACACCCCUGCGUCUAGAUCAUCCGUAAGUGUGAAUGUGACUGUCGAUGCUUGUUUGUCUGCGUGUCUUGUUUGUUUGUGUAUCCCGGCUCCAGCUCACCUGUGACCCAAAUGAGGAAAAGCACUCGAAAAUAGAUGGGUUGUAUGAAAAGGGAUGACUAUUAUUACGGAGCAACCACAGGUUGGAGUCUACUAGGAAUGCAAAUAAGACAAUAACAUAAGAUCAUCUUUAAUAUUGUGCAGGGAACUUAUUUACAACAUGAGUUGGUUUUCACUCUUUCACUUACAUCAUUCAUUUGAUGGAAGUGAAAUAGAUCUAGUAGAUUCUGCUGCUUUGGUUAGCAGCAGAGUUAAAAUGGGCUUCGAUAUGGAAGUUAACUCUUCAAUGAGCAGAGAUAAUUAUGAGGUGUGUCAGAAAGGUUUCAAGACUGGUGUCACAAAAGAUAUACAGUACAGGUAUUUCAAACCCAAGCUACAAACUAUGAGUUUUCCCCUUCAAUGUAAUUGCCCUGGAGUGUGUAAUUGUGUGCUCAGCUCUCUGCAGCCAUAGAACUUUUUUCCACAUGGAUAUCCUCUGUCAGGUUGUCAAGCAAUCAGCGGUGUGAGUUAUGACGAGAACAAUGAGACCGGACUUGCUAUGGAUCUUCGAGUACGACACAGAGACCAAAUGGUAUAGCCUUUAGUGGAAGAGUCUGACGUCGCAAACGCAGAAGAAAGCUAGACAGUCAAAGCUCAAAGUCACGUUGAUCACAUUUUUGAUGUGAAGGACAUGGUCUACUGAGAGUUCUCGGCACGGGGCCAGGCUAUCAACCGGUACGUCUACGAAAAUAUCCUGCGGCGUUUGCUUCGUUGAGUGUGCGAGAGAGGCGAGAGUUGUGGCAGGACAACUUAGGGGUGCUUCAUGAUGAUGCCUACUCACAAUGCCCUGGGCAUCCGACAGUUCCUUGCCGAGAAGAAUGUCACCGUGCUGCAGUUACUUCUCACCCUAACCUGACCUGACUUUGUGCGUUUUUUGUUUUUUUUUACUCUUUACUUUAAGAGGGUUUUUAAGGGGACCUGUUUUGAAGACGGAGAUGACAUGAAGAAGAAUCCCAGAAGAAUCCUUGCUGGAGUGCAUGAAGGCUUGGCAAAGAAGGCUGCGAAAGUGCAUGGGACUCAAGGGGAAUUACAUUGAACGGGAAAACUCAUAAUUUGGGUUUGAAAUACUGGAUAUUUUUUGUCCUGGAACCUUUCUGACACACCUUGUUAGUCAGCUACCAUACAUUUGUAUUCUGAAAUGGAAAAAGAAGCCAAAUAAAUAGGGAGGCUUUUAUAUGUUUUAUUUUGAGGGACAACCACUACUUGAGGAAUUAGGGUGCAGGUAGACUGAGUCUUUACGCUGCAAUUAGCCGGUGCACCCCACCUCUUAUCCAAAAGCAGCUGGGAUUGGCUCCAGUUUUCUCUAUUGAGUACAAGUGGUAUAGAAAAUGGACUGAUUGAUGGAUUUGUCCUCAGAAAAAAAUGUUUUACUUGGCUUUCAAUGACUUCCCUAAAAGCAGAAAAACAACGGUGAGAAGACAAAACAAGAUCUAGUUGUUCUUAUUUGACAUACCAAAAUGAUGCCAGAUUUGAAAACGCAGAGGUGUCUUCAUGUGCCGAAUAGAGGAAGAAGAGUGAGGGGGACGCUGAGGACAUGGAAGCAGAAGCUGAGAUUGGCCCGCUACGAUCAUGAUUAAGAUAUGAAGCACUGAGACUGCCCUCACUGCUACACCGGCUGCCCAUGGCUUUUUAAUAAGGGCACUGCUCCUGUGUGUGUAUGCGUGUGCGUGAAUGCUGAAUCACUUGAACUAGUGCAGACACUCUGGUAGGAACUCAUCACUGACAACAUGUCGUGUACCUUUUAAUCGCUGUUGUGCUGUACAUGACCUCCUGCUAUGUUUGUUUUUUUUACCCCAACUAACCAGAGACACUACAUGGACAAAAGCAAUGGGACACAUUCCACAUUACAAGAAGUGAAAAGUGAAGAAAAUGGGAAUUGGGCAAACUUUUCCUUGUAUAACUGUACUUUUUGCGUGUUUAUUUGAUUAUUAUUUUUUUGGUUGUUCAUCCCAAUCAUGAUUGACGGCCUUGUUCUUCCAGACCCAACUAACAGGGAACAGAGAUGGGCCUUCCCCAAACAAACUUCUUACUGGUUAUUUAACUGGUUAAGUUGUGUCUGGUUAAGUUUGAAUCCUUUUGUCCACAUAGUGCAUCACAUAGUUGAUGCUUGUUCACAUAAUCUACAGUAAAAGAUGGAAGCUAAGGAAACAUUACCAAAUGUGUUGUUUGACAGUUUGGACCAACCACCCAUCUUGUGUCCAAAAAGUAGCUGUGUGUGUAUAUUCACAAGAUGUGUACAGAUUAUAAAAUGACAAUUAAGCAGAAAUGUUUCUAGUGGCAUAGAGUAUUUCACAGAAUGUAGUCAAUAAAGAGCUUACAGAAAUCUAUACUGUAUGUCUGUGC